AUGCUGCACCCUUCUAUGAAUUUGCUGCUGCAGAAGAUAUUUGACCUGUAUGCAAACGUCCGGCCCUGCGUCUCCAUUGAAGGCUACAAGACCCCUUACACUGACGUGAGUGUCACCAUCCGGGAGAGCACAUAGGGGGAAUACAGCGGCAUCGAGCACGUGAUCGUGGACGGUGUUGUGCAGAGCAUCAAGCUUAUCACCGAGGAGGCCAGCAAGUGCAUCACUGAGUUCGCCUUUGAGUACACCCGGAACAACCGUCGGAGCAAGGUCACUGCUGUGCACGAGGCCAACAUCAUGCGAAUGUCAGAUGGGCUUUUUCUGCAGAGAGCAGAGAGGUUGCAGAAACCUGUAAAGACAAAGUUUCAUGAGCUGUACCUAGAUACAGUGUGUUUGAACAUGGUGCAGGACCCAUCCCAGUUCCAUGUGCUGGUGAUGCCGAACCUCUACGGCGACAUUCUCAGGGACCUGUGUGCCGGACUGAUAGGAGGACUGGGAGUGACGCCCAGCGGCCACAUUGGCGCCAUCUUUGAGUCGGUCCACGGCACUGCCCCCGAUAUCGCGGGCAAGGACAUGGCCGCGUGCAAGGCAAACGCCCUACCCGCUGUGCUAUCACUCCGGCCCAAGGACGGGAAGAUCUUAACAAAAGACUUGGCAGGCCAUUCCAAGCGCUCUGACUUCACAGAGGAAAUCUGCCGCCGAGUGAGAGAGAUGGAUCGAGGCCCUGCAGACAGGUCCCCACACCACCCCCUCCGGGGGCACCACCCCCUACUCUGUGUGCAUUCGGUUUGCUUCUCUACAGAAUCCGUGUUCAGAUCCCGCCUGUUCUUACAAAAGGUCUGCGCAGGGCACAGGGGGAACCCCCGCCUGCUUUCAAAGGACUUUUUCCUAGCGCUUGUUUUAUUUAUUAAAUGUCUAUCUGGUAUACAUUUUUGUAAACUCUUCAGUGGACUGUAUCAUGUGCCAUUCUUAAUCAUUUUGCAUCUCAGUUGA